AUGUCUCCCUGCAGCGCUGAGCCCGUCUCUGGUGUGUGCUUUCGAUGGACCACGCAGGGUGUGUUGCGGUUACGGCAAGCAACCACAAUGCUGCAUGGACAAGGAUGCAGUCUUGUACGAGAGGCAAAGAUGCCUACACUACCUCGUAUGCCACCCGCCUAUGCGCGUCAUUACAGCGAUAUACAAGGCGAUGUAUACGAGAUCGAGAAAGCGGCCAACUCAGUCAUUCAAGGCCCAAAAGACGUCGCCUCAUGCUACGACUCUGGUCAACAGCUCGCGAACCUCGCAGACCCACUUAUCUCUCCAGAGGGCAACACGCUUGCUUCCCAAGCCGCAGCAUCUGCUGCAAAACUACCCAAACUAGGACCUCGACCAUCGAGGGUCAAGCGAUUCCUCGAAACCAUUCCCAUCAAGAACUACGCGCACGACUUCCAUCUAUGGGAUAUGUCUGCUGACGAACUUUGGGAACGCUACAUGUUCCUGCCAGAACCGAGGUGUCUUGCCUUAUCUCGUGCAGCACUAUCGCUGGUCCUUCGAGAACUCUCACGAGCACGACCUCGGACACGGACCAAUGAAGCGCGGUAUUUGGCAAUAUUGGAUGAUAUGCGGCGCGAGGGUGUCGUUCUGACGCUUGCUGAAUGGUCUGCUGCCAUUUCAUUUGUUGGCAGAUCGAGAAAACGACCUGAUGAGAGGUCCUUGCAGACGUGUAUUGCAUUAUGGCAUGAAAUGGAGAUGAGUGGUCUCAAAGCAGAUCGCGGUGUUUUCAACAAUCUCCUGGAUGUGGCGGUACGUGCGUGUCGCUAUCAAGCGGUCGAUGUCUUGCGUACUGAAAUGCAGCAGCGUGGCAUCACGCCAGACCGAUAUACAUACUGUAUCUUGAUUACACUUGCCGGGCAUCAACACCAAGGCGACGAAGUUCGCAUGCUAUACCGCGAGAUGGUUCAGGUUGGCGAGAUUGUGGAUAUUGUUGUCAUCAACAGCGUUAUGCAAGGUCUCAUUCGAGCAGGCGAGGCAGAGGCAGCUGAACACAUCUAUGGUCGUCUUCGAAGCAUGACACUCGAUGCAUUGGCAGUCAUGGACGUGUCUGCUGAUCCACCGGAUCGUGGCGAUGUGGCACGCAGUUAUACACGGCAAUUCCAGCGACGUGCAAGGGAGAAUCAAGAGAAGCUCGAUCAGGGCCUCAGUUUGGAUGAACAUGACAUUUCCCCAAGAUUUGCGAUUCGGCACCCAUAUUGGCUUGCACCGAAUCACGUCACGCUUGGUCUCUUGUUGCAGCACCAUUGUACAAAGACUGGCGAUUUUGGUAGAGUGCUUGAACUGCUGGAUGAUCGGCAACAGCUCAGUAUUCCUGAGGAUCAAGCACUCUACCAAGCCUUGUUUCGCGGCUUUUCUCGGUUUGCAGGACAGUCUCAAGCAGAGCUGGGUCCCGCACAGGAUGAUGCAUGGACGGCAGUGCGACUCGCUCACAUCUUUACAUCGUUGGUGGAUGUGGUGCAACGCCAACAACACGAUAGUCAGACAAAAGUGAUUCCUGCAUGGGCGCAGAUUCGCCUAACACAAGGUCUCACCAUCUCGAUCCUGCAAGCGUAUGGACGACUCUUUCGACCAUAUAAGAUCAAAGGCUGUUACCGCACGUUGGAGAAAUUGUGGUUGUUGCAGGGUGGCAGUAAAGAGCACCUGUCAACGAAUGUCAAGGCUUGCUAUGAGGAAGUCAUGGCACGCAGGUCAUUGCAAGGGAGGAGCCAGGCUGCCGGCAGUGCAGUGGAUGAUGAGGAAGAUGCAGAUUUGGCAUCGUUGUUGGAGUCUCAGGAGAGUGCCCUUGAGCAGAUGCAGAUGCAGGAUCACGACGACAAGAGCAGAAGAGGUAUUCAUGAGGUAUGAGUGUCACCCAGAGAUCUGACUCUCUCCGGCCCCUUGCUUUGCUUGCUGACGGUUUGCGGCUGCGCGAGAUUGAAGAUUCGCUGCCCCGCCGAGGCCUCUUAAAUAUUCAACAGAAACGGGCCACGCCAAGCAGGCACCUCUGUGAGCGUAGUAGGCGUCUGGCUGUCUAUCUCGCAGGGUACAUACUGGAGGCGACUCGCUCUCGCAUAUAGUCCUAUAGCCUUCUUUUAUACAGAAACAGGCCCCCUUCCCGG